GAAUAAUAAUUUUAUUCAUGUAUGAUUUGGUUCAUUGUGUAAUCCAUCGAUGUUAUUUAGAUUAAUAUUUUCUAUGAAUACAGUACUUUACUCACUCAGCGGGCAACAAAUUAAAUAAUAGUUUCACGUUACGUUAACAUAAAGCUUUAUUAUAGAAAAAUCAAACGUUCACUGCAGGCAAUGCCCUUUAGUACUUCUAUUAUCGUGUGAAAUAGUGUUCUGUGUACAUUCUGUUGAUAUUUUCUACUGUUUUCAUUUGAGUUACCUACAUAGUGUUGUUAAUUUUAGAGAUCAAGUGCUAUAAGGCCUAGUAAUUUUUUGCAAUAUCAAAAUAUUAGGCUAACCUAUACGUUUAUUAUUGUUUGUUAGGUGCUGUUGGUUGUAAGAGUUUUACAAUAGUUUGAAAAGGUUAUAUUAAUGGUUCUACUUGAUUCUAAUACAAUGGCUGAGGCAAUAAGAACCAAAGUUAAUGGCUCUUUACUUCCAAAGUUCAUAAAUCGUAAUAUCAGUUUGAUGGGGAUUGUAAUAAAGACCAAUCCUAAUGGGCGCUCUUUUGACAUCCAGACAGGAGAUAGGCAGGUGGUUACUGUGAACUUGAGGCAGCCACUUGAUGACAUGGUGGAGGGGCUCGUGGAGGUACAAGGUGUUGUGCAAGGAAAGGGAUUAGUUAUGUGCGACUACUAUAUUAACUUCCCACCAGAGCUCGCAGAGACAUUUGACCUGGAACUGGACAAUGAAACUGCAGUGUUGCUGAAUGCCAUACCCAAUCCUUGGAGAUAGGAAUUAGGAAUGCUUUUUACAUUAAGAAUGUUUAAUAUACUUUUCCUUUUCAUAACUUAUUUACUUCGUAUUUUAUUUUCCCUACAUAUUUAUGUUUUUACUUAUGUCAUAAUUUGUUUUGAUUACUGCAAUUUUUGCCUUAUUAUAAUGACUCUUAACAGAUGAAAUGAAAAAAUUUUAUGAAAUUGGCAUGCAUUCAAAGUGUCUUAAGCACGCUGCCCAAUAGUUCUUAAUGCUAUCUGUUUCUUUUCUCAACAUUAUUACUAGUAGGGAUUCAUGUUUGGUUUAACCGUUUUAUUAAUAAUAUAAUAAUUUAAAAUUGUAAACUUUUUAAUGUAAAAAACUUAUGUCUGUAUUUGUCUUUGAGUUAAAAAAUAAACACGGAUACAUGUAUAAUCAGUAAAUACAAAAAGGAAAGGAGUAAAAUCAUUUAAUUAUUAAAUUUGUUAUUUUAUACUGUGACAGCUGUUUGGGUAUAAUAUUUAAUUUACACCAAUGAGUUAUUUAAAUAUCAAUAUAUCUUAGAUGUAACGUUGUUAGUUUAUCAGCAACCGUUUUGUAUAUUCAUUAUUUUUCAAAAAUUAUAUUCAACACACACACACACACCUAGUAGAACUUUAUUAUAUUUGUAUUGCUGUUGGAAGAACUUGUUUGAACAUAUAUAUAUAUAUAUACAGGAUAUCCAUUAUAAUUUCUCUAACAUCAAAUAACUCUCUCAGGCUCACUCUUUCAGUAUGCAUUAUGCUACAAAUUCAACAACAGAGUGGUUAUAAUCUUCGAACAUGUUUAACCUAAAUUUACACAAUUAUUUAACAAUAAUAAUUUGCAAACAAUAAAAUUCAUAAUGUAUUUAUAUACCGUAACUUAAUUAGUAUUAUAUACAAUGUAGAUACCUCUGUUUUUAUACUUAUGUAAAUUGUUAAUAAAGCAAAGAUAAGUAACAGAUUG